CACAUGUUAAGACCAUGCAUGCAUAUACACUAAUACACAUCAACCGGUGGUGGCAGUACCAAGGCUUUAACAUAAAAGAAGACGACCAAAAAAAAUAUUGAUAAGUAAUUAAAAAAGAAAAACAGGAUUUGAAACAAUCACACCGAGUACACAGUCAAUAACGGUCACAUGCGCUUUGCUACUUCUCUAAACGUGAAAACAUUUACACCAACCUACACUCCUUGCUCCUACAUAUCCCGCGCCUUACAUGCAGUUCCAAGUAUCACCAAACCAAGCAGUGUGAUACUCAUACUCAGUACUCACAGCACCACUUUCAAGUGUUCAAAGUUCAACUAUCCCAAUAUCGACGAACCAUGGAUACUUGCAAGAAGUCCCCUUUGAAGCCAUGGAAGAAAGGGCCAACAAGGGGGAAAGGCGGGCCCCAGAACGCCUCCUGCGAGUACCGAGGCGUUCGGCAGCGAACUUGGGGCAAAUGGGUUGCUGAGAUAAGAGAGCCAAAGAAGAGAACCAGGCUCUGGCUUGGUUCUUUUGCCACAGCUGAAGAAGCUGCCAUGGCUUAUGAUGAGGCUGCUAGGAGACUCUAUGGUCCAGAUGCAUACCUUAAUCUCCCCCACCUGCAACCCAGGUCCACUUCAACUAUCACGUCAGGAAAGUUCAAAUGGUUCCCUUCCAAGAACUUCAUUUCAAUGUUUCCUUCCUGUGGAUUACUCAAUGUAAAUGCUCAACCUAGUGUUCAUUUAAUCCAUCAGAGGCUGCAAGAGCUUAAGCGAAAUUCAGUUGUGAGUCAAUCCUCAUCUAGUUCAUCCAAUGAUCCAAAGGCAGAAAUUCAGAAUGUAGACAGCAAAAAUCACGGAGAAGAUGAAAAUCCUCCAAAAGAUGUUCAAACAUCAUCAGAGGAGGUGCUUGGAGAUCUUCAGGAGAAACCCCAGAUAGACCUCCAUGAGUUUCUUCAACAGAUGGGAAUACUUAAAGAAGAAAGACAGUCAGAAAGAACUGAUAGCUCAGGAAGUUCAACAGUGCGUGAAGCUGUGUUGACAGAUGACUGUGAUCAUUUGGGAGUGUUUUCUGACAAGAGUGUUAACUGGGAGGCAUUGAUUGAGAUGCAUGGACUUGCAGGUAUUCAGGAAUCAGAAGUCACUCAGCUUGAAGCAUAUGAGCCAAAUGAUGAUCUAACUUUCUCAACUUCCAUUUGGAACUUUUAAGAAACUUAGCAUAUAAGCCUAAGCAAUAGAUCACAAGGUUUUGGUUAUCCAACUACUCUAGUCCUGUAUAUGUCUGCAGCAUUUCAAUCUGUCGGCAGCACUGUAAGAGUAAGAAAGUAGCUAGAAUAGAAGACUACUAGUGAGAAAGGAGCUUAUUUCAGUAGUUGUGACAGCAAAUGGAGAAAAUAAUAUCAGUCUGCGUAUUAUUAGCAAUUUAGGGAA